AUGAAUUGCACUCAACAUAUAAAAUUUCCAAUAACUUCCAUUUGUAUUGCCCCUCACUAAUGCUAAUGCAAAAGAAAACUUUGCAUUGAUUGCCAAUAUCAACAUGGAGUUGAUAUUAUAUAUACAGUACCGACUCAUAGAUUUAGAGAUAUGGUUAUAAAGGAAAUAAAAGAAUCUAAGAUUGAUCAAAAUCCUGAAUUCACCGAAUAAAGAAAGAAUUUUUUAAAGAUUCUCUCUCAAAUUGAAAGCAUGCUUAAGAAUACUUGGCAAAAGUUAAAUGAAUCAAUCAAAAAAAUAUAUGAUACAAUUGAAAUGUAGGAUAAAUCAUUUUUGAAAAUCAUGAACGACAAUUUCAAUCCUAAAGAUUUGUCAAAUACUGACUUAGAGAAAUUAGUAUAAAUUGUAUAAGGAAAAAAAUUAAACGAAUGGAAAACAUAGAAGAAUUCUUAUUUUUAGAAGUUAUAAAAUUUAAAGGAGUGUUUGGAGAAAGCAAUUUAGGCUUCUAAUGAUAAGUUGAAGAAAGACAUGAAAGAAAAUGUUCCAUUAGAUAUUAAAGCAAAAUAAUAAUAAAAUAUAAUUGAAACUCCAUCUUAACUCAUUCUUAAACCAUUUAGUUAUUAGAUAAUAUAAGCUAAUUCUAUUAAAUAACAAGAAUCUUGUUGGGCAGUUGCUAUUAUUAAAGAUUGUUCACUUAUAGCAAUAGUGUGUAAUAAAUUAAUUAAAAUAUAUGAAUUCAAAUAAGGAAUGGUGAAAUUAAAUCAAGUUUUAAAUUAACAUUAGAGUGAUGUUUACACUUUAAAUUUUAUGAAAUAAUCAAAUUAAUUGAUUUCUGGAGAUUAAGGAUCUAUUUUGAUUUGGUUAUAUAAUAAUAAUAAGAAUUCAUGGAUUUAUUCAUAAACUAUUAAAGGUCAUAGUAAUUGUAUUAGAUGCAUUAUUUUGAAUAAUCGUGAAGAUCUCUUCAUAUCUAGUAGUAAUGAUAAGACGAUUAAGUUUUGGGUUAAAAAGAAUCAAUGGAUCUGUUAAUAAACUAUUACAGAUCAUAGUAGUGAUGUCUAUUAAUUAAGUUUAAAUGAUUUACAAAAUCAAGUUAUAUCUUGUGGAGAGGAUAAAUUGAUAUUAGUAAUUGAGUAAUCAGAACCUAAUAAAAAUUGGAUUGUAAAAUAAAAAAUACAAGUUGAUUGUUAUGGAUAUCGAUUAUGUUUUAUCAACAAUAAUCUAUUCACAUUUUAACCUAAGUAUGGAAAUUUGAUGUAUGUUUAUGAGAUGAAUAGUGUAAGUAAAUAAUUCACAAAAUCAAAAGAUAUUACAAUAUAUCAAGGAAAUGAAGGUUGUCGAUUAUUUCCAUAAUAAUUUAUUAAAUAAAAAUAAUUACUUGUGAAUAAGCAUGACAAAUAUGUAAAUUUAAUAAGAUUUACAGAAAAUGCUGAAUUUAAAGUUGAGUAAUCUAUUGAGUUUAGCACAAAUUAUGUAUAUGGAUAAUUGAGUGAUGAUGGGUAAUAUUUGAUUACUUGGGAUUAGACAUAAUAGGAAAUAUAAAUAAGGAUAUUCAAAGAAUAAUGA